UAUGAGAAGAGUUUAAUCAGCAGCACCAAAUUUAGGUAAAAUGUAUAACUAUGUCAUCAGAAUUCUCCAUGGAGGAUAUGUUCAGAAUAGCUACAAAAUAAACAUCUACUUUUGGAAUCGAAGGAUAUGAAGUUACUAAAAAAUAUGCCGAUCCACUCAAGCAAAUGGAAGAUAGAAAGUUUUCAGCUUAAAAGAAAGGUAAUAAGUAUAUAUUCAUAUACCAGGUCAAAAGAAUUUAGGCUACGUAACUAAAAGAGGACAUUAUUUAGAAGAUCAAAAGAAAAUUUAUGAAAAAUUGCCAGCUCCAAAUAAAUACGAUAUCGUCAAGCCUUGGGUGACUGAAGCUUAAUCAGCUCGUCCAAGAACAGCACCUCCAAAAAGGUAGUUUUAACGAUAUAUUAUGUUAGAACAACAUUUAUAGAUUAAAUAUUUAAGGAAGCAAAAUUAAGAGGAGUUCCAGGUUCUGGAAAAUAUAAUGUGGAAAAACCAUUGGAUGAAGUAUUGAAAUAAGUAGAAGAAUAAAAAAAGAAAAAAAUUGAGUAAACUAAUUUUAUAAUGUUUAUUAGAGCAGGUGAAAGACCCACCUACUUAAAUGAGAUAUAACACUUAGCAGUUAUCAACCCAGGCCCUGGAAACUAUAACCCCAGAGUAAUAUAUUACCAUAUAUAUAAGCCUAUAUCUAAAAAAUUGAAGAGAAAUGAAACUAAGCCUGCUGAUUUUAUUGCUAAACAUAAUGACUAAGCCAAAAAAAGAGGAAAGUCAGCAUUGCCUGAUGUAGGUUCUUAUAAUCCAGAACCAGUUUCAUUUACAACCUUUAAUAAAUUAUAAGGAAAUGCUAAAAAAAAAGAAAGAGUUGAUAAGCAUGUAAUUCUGAAAAUUAAUUUAGACUUUUGGAACUGAUGUGAGGUUCAAAGAUCCUAAAAAGAGCAAAUCUAAAUAAGGCUUGCUACCUGGGCCUGGUCAAUAUCCUAUGAUUGUGUAAUGGCAAGGGAAAGAACAAGACAAAUCCAAAGCCAAGAUAAAGAAUUAUAUGUAAUCCACAACCAAGGGAAUAUAAAGAUCAAUAUAUUAUUGAG